AUGUCACCUCGAUUGGUGAUGAAACGGUUGCAAUCAAAUUGCCCAGCUCAGCGAACAAGCCAACGACCACCAGCUACGCUACCUGAGCUACCGACAUUUUCCUCUAUAGAAAACUUAGAAAUCCUAAGGUCUAAAGAAAGAAUUGGGUUCGUAAUUCUAGUGCACCAUUUACACAAGGGCAAGCAAAUGUGUAAACCAACCUCAGUUUUUACGUUCGUAGGGUCAACCAGUUCACAGGUCUGUCACUGGCCCGCACAGUGCAACGUCGACGCCGGCACACCAAACGGCAGCGAACGGUAUGAUGGCCCAGUGGCGUGGGUUGCUGUUGUCCCUUCCGACGACACGCGUGCAACGGGCUUGGUAAAACCUCGUAUGCACAACGACCAGUAG